UGAGACAUGUUGCAAAUGCUAUGAUGUACUUCGCCCUUUGAAAAGAGGCACCGAUGCCUAUACAAGAACACGAGUUAGUGCAACAACGAUGGUAUCCUCUAAUCUAAACUCUCCUGUUUGUGAAGAGACUUUCACAGGUGCAUAUUUGAUACUAUAUUUUCAGCAACGAAACCGUUGAAAACAACUCCAAUUUCGAGAUCCUAGCAGUUGAAAUAGGUGACUGACAAGUCUCCUUCCGCAAAGUCUGAAGGCAAAGGUUGUUGAAGUGGCACUUGAAUGUAGCCAGGCACAACAUGUCAAGAUCUUCUAUGAACGUCAUUUCUUGCGCCACCCUGGUGUCCCAAAGCCAUCAUUCUCGCUUCAGGGGUCGUUAGCUGGCUGUAUGACUUAACGACAUGAUUUUGGAAUGCGUGUACAUAUAUAUUGGUAUGGUGUUUUCUGAUCGCGAUGGACACAAGGUAAGAGAUAAUACAGGUAAUAUUUAGAGGCAGGUGUCGUUUCUACGAGAUGGCUCGAAAGUAGAUACGAUGAAUUUGAUCUGAGAUGACUAUAAAAACGACUGACUGUUCAAUGGAGGUUCGAUCAUACAGAUUUCUUCAAGUCAUAAUGACGAUUCAAUCCAAACUUCCAAACUUCAAAUCACCCUGUAUUCUUUGGGAAACAGUCUGCAGCACCGCUUAUCCUCAUCUCCUUGAUGUUCUCAAGAUCAUCGGCAUCUUUCCAACGUAUCCGGAAGACGACCGAGCCAUCGAAGACUCAACUACACGCAAAGACCACACAGGCCCAACCAAGCCGAAUUUUAGACUGUUGCAUCUGAAAUCUGGAACUGGAAACCAACAACUCUGUGCGGCGGUUCAUAUCGAGCACAUAGAUAGUGCAGCCACCAAUGGUUAUAUCUGCUUAUCCUAUGUCUGGGGUACGGACAUCUCCACAGAACACAUCAAGAUCGAUGAGAACGAAAUUUCUAUCCAUGCGAGCUUACUGACUAGUCUUCGGCACAUCAGAAAUCCGCAUGACACGUUGGUACUUUGGGUUGAUGCUCUGUACGUAGACCAAAAUGAUCCAGAUGAGAAAGCUAGUCAAAUAGCAAACCUAGGAGAAAUAUAUUCGAGAUGCUCACUUGUUUACAGAUGGCUUGGAGCGCCACCCAAUCACAUUCCUACCACAGGGGAUCCAUUUCAAUGGUUUCAACACUUUUCAGAUAACAAGCAACAUCAUGAGAUGGCUGGGUACCACAAAGCAAACUCUGUACGGAUUCGUUUUGAAGAGAACAGUGAAUUCAACGAUCUUUGGGACAGAUUCCUGCUGAUAGCCAAUAGCACCUGGUUCACACGAGUAUGGACUGUUCAAGAGGCUGUUUUAUCUCCCGACCAUGUUUUGUGUUACGGGAAUUGGCGGUCGAGUCUUGACAGGUUGAUCUCGGCUCGAAGAAGUCAUAUUGGUAAUGGUUAUCGAUGCAUGAUGGGACCUAAGUUCGGAUCAGAUCAUUUUAACCUUCCCUCAUGGGUUCCUGACCUUUCAGCCACCAUACCGCUCGUGGAGAUCGAAGCCGUGAUACGAAGAAUCUCAUCAUUCACAUUGUAUGAGGCUUCGGGUUCAAAAUUCGGAAACUUUCAAAUUCAAGGAGCAGAACUCUCAGUAUCAGGACGGUGGGUCGACACCAUUUCGACCAUAGGUUUCUUGUUUCCGACUGACAAUGUUUCAGCGGAGGUGCUGAAGAAUAUUCUAAUGAAUUGGAAAGCAUUAUGCGAAAAAAUAGGAACCUGUAGAGAGGCUUCUCUUCGUAUGGCUUUAUCCGGUUUCAUAUGUGCUUCAAAGAUAGAUGACCGAGUGUCCCUAAAUGGGCGUCGUUGUGGAUGGAGACAAAUCAAGACACACGAUCUUCCUAGCAUGGAAGAGUGGAGCCAGUUCUUGGGCGGAGAUGUGUGGGCUUUACAAGAAGAAUAUAGAAGAGCAGUCGAGAUAGCUAGCACGGGUCGUUGUUUCUACAUCACAAAAACCGGGAAGAUAGGACUUUGUUACCCGCAUGUAAAGACUGGCGAUCAGGUCUGGGUUUUGAAGAAUUUCAACUCGCCUUUCGUAUUGAGGAAAGUCGGAAGUGAAAGUAAUAAUACUCGGGUUUUCAGGUUUAUUGGGGAUUGUUAUCUUGAUGGGACUGUAGAUGAAGAGGCCGUCAAAGCAACGAAGAAAGGAAGCUGUAUCACCCUAGUUUGA